AUGUACUAUGUUGAGGGUAUUCCGAAAUCCCGAGAAAUAAGAGACAAAUGUCGAUUCUUGAUUCAUGACGCAUUAGUGGAAAUUAUUCCAGAGAAAGCGGCUCAUCCACAAUUUGCUUCCUACGAUGCAAGGUUGGACAGUUUUCAAACUUGGCAUGCCAGUCCGCCACCUUCCAAAGAGGAGUUUGCUAAAGCGGGGUACUUUUGUGAACAGAAUGGUGUCGUUUUGCGUUGCUUUUAUUGUAGCGGUAUUGACUGGGAUUUCAAGCCUCAUGAGGAUCCUUGGAAGCGGCAUGCUAAAUGGUAUUACAACUGUUUAUUUAUACGACAGAAUAAAACUCCUGACUUCAUCUUGCAGAGUAGAUUUGGGAAAAGUAUUCCGCGCAGUGUCUAUAACUUAAGAUUUGUAAGAUUUUUAGAUCGAUUUAUCUCAUACCAAACGUGGAACCACGAGGAACUCCCACACGCCUUAAAAAUGGCAGAUGCUGGAUUAUACUACACCAGACUGGAAGAUAAGGUCUGUUGUUUCUACUGUGGGCAUGGUUUUAGGAACUGGUUAAAGUGUGAUGACCCUUAUUAUAAACACGCUCUGUUGUCUCCACAGUGUAAAUACAUUAGGCAAUUCAGUUCCACCGUAUUUUGGCAAAAUGUGUCAAGGGAACGAGAUAAGAUGCGAGAAUCUGAAAAGUGUUUCAUUACCUAUACCAUCAAAAGGCGCCUAGCGCGUUAA